AAACCAGAGUCUGCUACUAUCAAAUCAAACCUGCCACUUUUGGCAAUUGACAUUCCACACCUUCCACUCAAAAACUCCCUUCAUGUUUUUUAAAGUGAAUCAAUGAACGUGAAGCCACUCGGUCUCCUCAUACUCCAUUUCCUCCUCGUGCACUGCGCCCCCGACGGCGAGCGCCCCAAAGAAGGCUCCUGUAGCAGCAACAAAAAUGUCUCGCCGCAGAAAGCCACCAACAUAGCUCAGAAGGCCGCCCAGGAGGCCAAAGCGGCCGAAGACGCCCAACAGCAAGCCGGCCAACAAGCCGCCCACCAGGUCAAAGAGCAACUCGCCGAAAAGGCCAUGGAGGCGUCCAAAGCCGCCGAAGCCGCGCUGGCAGGCAAACAGGAGCUGGUCGAGCAGCUGCACAAGGAGAUCCAGGAGGCGGAGAUUGUGGUCCAGGAGGAGCAAGCCAGUUUGCAGCAGCUGCAAGGCACAGCUCAGGCGUCGUCCAAAGCGCUCCAGGAAGCGCAAGCCGAGGUGAAGCUGCUGACGACCGCCUUGCAGCUAGCGCAGGGAAAUGAGGGGAAUGAGGCUCAGACGCAGGACGGGGUGCAACAGCAGCUGAGUGAGAAGGAGCAGUUGAUGGAUGCGGCAACGACGAGGUUAGAACAGUUGAAGAAGCAGCUGCAAGUGGCCAAAGCCGAGCUGAAUAGCACGAAGGAGGCGGCGAGGAAAGCGGCGUCGGCGGCCAAUGAAGCCAAACAGAAUGUUAUGAGGAACAGGAGGAAGAUCUACAGGAAAAAUGCGGAAAUAAGGAAGAAGAAAUAGUGGACUUGGUUUUCUCUUUACUUAUACUUUAUUUUAUUAAAAGGUUUUUGUUUACUUUAUUA